AUGACAGACAAAGAGAAAGGCAAGCUCAGUCACAUGCUUGCGGCCGAUUCCUCGAAUCCGUCGGAAUCAUCAUCAACAACCCCCGCACUGUCGGUUCUACAUAAAGACCUCCUGUCGCUGCUUACGCUCAUCUAUGCCGCAACCACCAAACUUACCCUCAGCCUCCGGGCUGAACAGCCGGCAUAUAGGGCCUCGCUAGGACCUCUCCAGGACCUCAUCGGAAAUGUCUCCGCGAUUGCGACAUGCGCCACGCUGUUCAAAACACACGGCCUCACGCUGGCGUCCGACGUCAGACAAGUCGUGAGGGAAAUAUGUUCCGCACUGAGCGCGCUCGGGAACACACUGCUGGAGGAAGGCGAGGAUUACCUCGUACAUACCGGCAUGGUGCACGACUUGGUGGACAAGGCGAAGCGCGACCUUCCCGCGGACAAUCGCGCCGCGGUGAAGAAGCGUUGGGCUGCGGAUCGAGGGAUGUUGGAGGAUUCCGUCCAAGAUGUCACCAGCAUGAUUGAAGACAACGAUGAGGCGGACGAGGAAGAUGAGUUUGACGAGGAGCUCGACGAUCUCGGGUUGGGCUCGACCAAGAAAAUGUCGGAGGUAGAGAUGGAGCGUACAAAAAAAGUACAACCGCUUCUGCGAUUUACUACCCUGUUGCAUAAGCGUGUCCAACUGGACAUUCUCGCGAAACCACCGCCGGAACGUACAAGCAAUCCCGUACUCGAUUCCCUACCAUCUCAUUCGCAUGCGAUACUUGUAGCUCUAGAAGACACCAUCGCGACCUUGUAUGCUCCCCAGGAUCCUUCUGCCAUCGCCUCUGCGCUCGCACCAUUAGCGAGCGCAGUAGAAGGGUUACGUUCGGCCCUUACACCAAUACUGCCAUCGGCGCCGGACAUAGCAGGGGUUGCCACAGAAGGUGCACCAGCGGAGUUAAAAGGUGCUCAAAAGGACAUACGGAAGUGGUUUGUGACGUGCUUUGAUCAAAUUGACAAGCUGUCGUGUAGCCUCAGGGAUUCACUAGCUCAGGAGAGCUCAGUCUGA